CAAGUAACUACAUCAGCAAUGAAGAUAAUUUGUAUUUUCCUAACAUUUCUCAUCACUGUGUCUUGUGGUCCAUCAGUUUCAGAGAAAAAAAGAAGAGAAAUUGCAGAGAGAAAAAGAGAAUGUUACCUUGUUCGUGGUGUUUGUAAGACUAAGUGCAACACCUGGGAAUACAUACAUAAUUAUUGUAAUGUGGAACCCUGUUGUGUGCUACGAGACUACCAAAAGCCAGUCAUGACUACAGCAGCUUAUACAGAUAAAAAUUUUACUGAUUUUACCAUAUAA